GUUAAAUUUCUCUGUUAUUUUUUUUUAUAUUUUAUUUUUAAAAAAACUUUCAUGUUGGGUAUAUGUUAUAUGUAUCUUUUCUUGGUGUUUUCUUCUAUGAAUUUUUUUUCUCAUUUAAUUGGUGGAAUUGUUGUCUGAUUCAGGGAUGGAGAUACCGAUUUUGUGUGGCCUAGGACAUCCAAUCCCAUCUCCUAGAGAUGUUAAAACAUUCCGAGUUUAUGUAGCAACAUGGAAUGUUGGGGGAAAACCUCCUCCAAAUAGCCUUAAUCUUGAUGAUUUUCUUCAGGUCGAUGACCAAUCUGAUAUAUAUGUUUUGGGAUUUCAAGAGAUUGUACCUUUAAAUGCUGGGAAUGUGUUAGUGAUGGAAGACCCGCGUACACUUUUAAAAUGGCUCUCUUUGAUCAGCCAGUCCUUGAACAAAUCUCCAAAUCUCACCAUAGUCAGUGGCGCUCAGGACUCGCUCUCCUUCCAAAGGGCUUCUUCUCUCAAAAAAGCUAGAAAAAAUUUUCAAGUGGAAAACACGAGGCGGCUCAAGAGUUGUAAUUGCUACACUAUUUCUAAAUUGGAAAGCAAUAAGGACAAGACUAAGGAUUCAUGUUUCAAUUGCCAACAAUCAAAUAAUUUUAGUGAAGACAAUGACCUCUAUGAUGAAGUGGAUAUUUCUGAAUUCACCACUCCCUCUAGCUUCAAUGCAAACACGAUGAAGUAUUGCCUCAUAGCAAGCAAGCAAAUGGUGGGAAUCUUUGUUACUAUUUGGGUUAGGAUGGAGUUGGUGCACCGUGUAGGCCAUUUGAGAAUUUCUUGCAUUAGUCGCGGUAUCAUGGGUUGCCUCGGAAACAAGGGGUGCAUCUCAGUGAGCAUGUCAAUCCACCAGACAAGCUUUUGUUUUGUGUGCAGUCACUUGGCUUCAGGAGAGAAAGAAGGGGAUGAGCAUAGAAGAAAUUUGGAUGUUAUUGAGAUUCUUAAAAACACCCACUUUCCCAACAUCUGCAAAAAAACUAAUAAUACUAGGAUGCCUCACAAAAUUAUGCAACAUGACCGAGUGAUAUGGUUGGGGGAUUUAAACUACCGGAUUGCUUUGAGCUCCUCUGAGACCAGAAAACUUGUACAAGAUAACAACUGGGAUGAACUUCUUAAUAAGGAUCAGCUGAAGAUAGAAAGGGAAAGUGGGAGAGUAUUCAAAGGAUGGAAAGAAGGGAAGAUAUACUUUGCACCUACAUAUAAAUAUUUCUACAAUUCAGACACUUACACUAGUGAGAUUGUCAAAUCAAAGACCAAAAUGAGAACUCCAGCAUGGUGUGAUAGAAUACUGUGGCAUGGAAAUGGGAUACGACAACUGAGUUACGUGCGUCGGGAGUCGCAAUUUUCCGACCACCGGCCCGUCUGUGCUACAUUUUUAGUGGAUGUUAAUGUUAUUGAAGGUGGAGGAUGAAAUGAUUAAAGAAGCAAACUUGUGGCUACAAUGUGUAACGUUGGAAUUGAACAAUCUCCUACUACUAGCCACCACCCACCAGCAGCAGCUAGCAAUUGUUUCUUGGUUAUGAUAGCAUCUUUAUUCCUAUCAAUGCAUCUAUGCAUAUGUUGGUUAUGCUGUACAAGGUACUCUAGUGUCAUAUGUUGCAGGAUUAGCCUAACAAUAGUUGUUUAUAAUGAUGUAAAUACAGGGGUAUUAUUCUACAAUCAUAUAGGGAUUACGAUA